UAGGUUGACAGCAAGCCGCAUAUGCACUAAAUACCUGUCACCUCCAUUGGCCUCCACGUGUUCUCUUUCUUCUUCAACCAGACUUUUCUAGCUGUGAAGAAAGAACAAGAAGCCGACCGUUCAAGAACCCAAAACGCUUUAAGAUCAAAUCACCAGAAUGACCUCUCUUACUUCACGUUUGAUCCAUUCAAGAACUUCACUCUCCAAAUUAUAUACAAUGGCUGUAUCAAGUAAUGGGAGAUAUUUAUCCACUGAUUCGAAUAAGGUUGAUGAACCCUUUAAAGUUGAGGAGGCUGAGACAUUGAAUGUACCUCCACCACCAACAGAGAAGUUGCUUGUAUUGGGUGGAAAUGGAUUUGUUGGCUCUCACAUCUGCAAAGAAGCUGUAGACCGUGGCUUAACAGUUGCUAGCCUCAGCAGGUCUGGUAGGCCAUCAAUACAGGAAUCAUGGGUUGACAACGUGAUCUGGCAUCAAGGAAACCUACUAUCAUCUGAUUCGUGGAUGGAAGCCUUAAAUGGGGUCACCUCUGUUAUUUCUUGUGUUGGUGGUUUUGGCUCGCAAUCUUAUAUGUAUAAGAUUAAUGGAACUGCAAAUAUAAAUGCAAUUAGAGCUGCUUCAGAAAAAGGUGUAAAAAGAUUUGUUUACAUCUCUGCUGCUGACUUUGGCUUGGUCAAUUACUUGCUGCAAGGUUAUUAUGAGGGAAAGAAGGCUGCUGAAACAGAGUUGUUGACCAAGUUUGCAUAUGGAGGAGUGGUUCUCCAGCCUGGGUUUAUUUAUGGAACUCGCAAUGUUGGAAGUGUGAAGUUACUUCUUGGUGUAAUCGGUUCUCCAUUGGAGAUGGUUCUCCAACAUGCAAAACCACUUAAACAGCUUCCCCUCAUUGGACCCUUGUUCACUCCCCCUGUCAAUGUUACUGCCGUGGUGAAAGUUGCGGUAAGGGCAGCAACUGAUCCAGUUUUCCCUCCUGGCAUUGUGGAUGUUUAUGGAAUACUGCGUUAUAGCCAGCAGCAAAGAGCAAGAUAGAUUUGUUGAUAUCGAGAGUUCAUCUGUUUUCUUCACCAAUAUAGAGUUCACCAUCAAUAUCAAGAUUUCAUCUGUUUUCUUCUUCUCUGUAAGUUUUCAAAAUGUUAGCUGUUGGAGUUGGAAUCGAAGCAUUUUGUGAACUGGAGACUCACAAAAAGGUUCCAUUAACAUACCUGAUGAAAUAAAAAUACAUGAUAAGAACCAGCUCAUA